AUGAGACUCAACUGCCAGGUGUUUAAAGAAGAGCUCACACUUGUCCACCUCAGCCGGCAGGUGGCUCAUCUGCAUUCAGCUUUGGAGAAAACCCAGGCCAAGGAGAGAGCAGAGAGGAAGUGCACUACUCUGACUCAGCUUGUCCCUUUUCAGUCUCCUGUCAUACUGGUGGCCACCCAAGUGCAAGCAGACCCAGACGGUCACUAUAGUUUCUCUGUACGCUGGGUUGAGGGACGGGGUCUGAUGGUGAUACAUACUGAGGAUAUAAACCUCUGUCUGAAUGACAGGCUGGUGGAGGUAAACGGAGUGAGUGUUUUGGGGAGUAGUGAGGAAGAGCUGAAGUUGAUGCUUAAAACGUCCACCAUACACAAUUUCGUUAUGCGCCAACUGCCCCAGAAGCCUCCUCAGGAAGACCCCUCUGCUCCAAACUUCAGCUCUGAGCGAUCACCAGGACAUACAAUGUGCCAACACGACAACCUCCCCACCACAACCAGUCGAGUUCCAUCCUGCACGGAGGUAGGUUCCUCGCCCCCUGCCUCCUAUCUCCGGCAGGAUCUGACGGUUCAAGUGAACACACUCAUGGUGGAUGCCAAGGGAAGGAACAUGAAAUGUCUGACGUUCUUGUUGAUGCUUCCAGAGUCAGUUAAAAGCAAGUCCAGCAAAGUCUCCAAAAAGGGGAGUCCCAGCAGCUCUUCCAAGCUGCCCCCUGUGUGCUAUGAAAUCAUCACUUUGAAAACCAAGAAGAAGAAGAAGAUGGCCACAGAGAUUUUCCCCACCAAGAAGCCGGCAUCGGCCACUACGGUGCAACAGUACCAGCAACAAAACUUGAACAACAACAACACCAUCCAAUGCUGCAACUGGCAGGGUCUCUACUCCACGAUUAGAGAGAGAAAUGCUGUGAUGUUCAAUAAUGAACUGAUGGCUGAUGUUCACUUUGUUGUGGGCCAGUCAGGAGGGACUCAGAGGCUCCCGGGACACAAGUAUGUCCUCGCUGUGGGAAGCUCUGUUUUCCAUGCCAUGUUCUAUGGAGAGUUAGCCGAAGACAAGGAUGAGAUCCGUAUCCCUGAUGUGGAACCCCCAGCCUUUCUGGCUAUGCUGAAGUACAUUUACUGUGAUGAAAUUGACUUGAGUGCUGACACUGUGCUGGCGACAUUAUAUGCAGCCAAGAAGUACAUAGUACCGCACCUAGCUCGGGCCUGCGUCAACUUCUUAGAAACAAGUCUGAGUGCCAAGAACGCAUGCAUUCUUCUAUCUCAGAGCUGUCUGUUUGAAGAGCCAGACCUAACACAACGCUGCUGGGAAGUCAUUGACGCUCAGGCUGAGCUGGCACUUAAAUCUGAGGGCUUUUGUGACAUUGACUCUCAGACCUUAGAGAGCAUACUCAGGCGGGAGACUCUAAAUGCCAAGGAGAUUGUAGUGUUUGAAGCGGCACUGAGCUGGGCGGAGGCUGAAUGUCAGCGUAAAGAGAUGAACACAACUAUUGACAACAAACGCAAAGUACUGGGCCAGGCCGUUUAUCUAAUCCGAAUCCCCACUAUGGGUCUUGAUGAUUUCGCCAAUGGUGCAGCACAGUCAGGAGUGCUGACACUAAAUGAAACCAAUGACAUUUUCUUAUGGUACACGGCGGCCAAGAAGCCCGAGCUGCAGUUUGUAAGCCAGCCUCGAAAGGGACUGACGCCACAAAAGUGCCACCGAUUCCAAUCUUGCGCCUACCGCAGCAACCAAUGGCGUUACCGUGGACGUUGUGACAGUAUUCAGUUUGCGGUCGAUAAGCGGGUGUUUAUCGCUGGUUUCGGGCUCUACGGCUCGAGCUGCGGAUCUGCAGAGUACACCGCAAAGAUCGAGCUGAAGCGGCAGGGUGUUGUGCUGGGAACCAACCUCAGCAAGUACUUUUCAGAUGGUUCCAGCAACACCUUCCCUGUUUGGUUCGAGUAUCCAGUUCAGAUCGAGCCUGACACUUUCUACACGGCCAGUGUGGUUCUGGAUGGCAAUGAAUUGAGUUAUUUUGGACAGGAGGGUAUGACGGAAGUUCAGUGUGGGAAGGUGACCUUCCAGUUUCAGUGCUCCUCAGACAGUACCAAUGGAACAGGUGUGCAGGGGGGACAGAUUCCAGAGCUUAUCUUCUAUGCCUGA